AUGAGCCGAAAUCCAGUUGCUGGUCAGAAUGUGAACAUUACAUUACAGAAUGUGGGACAAGUGGUGGCUGGUAACCAGCAGAUUACUCUGACUUCACUACCAAUAGCAAGUCCAGCCUCUCCUGGGUUUCAGUUCAGUUCCCAGCCAAGGAGGUUUGAACAUGGAUCCCCUUCCUAUAUUCAGGUCACUUCCCCAAUGUCUCAGCAAGUCCAAACACAGAGUCCGACACAGCCCAGCUCUGUGCCAAUCCAAGCAAUACAAGGCGUUCGAACAGCAACAGCUGGAGCUAGCUUGGGAAUGUGUAGCCAGAGUCCCACUCAUGGAUUUGUAGAUGCAAGUUUGUUUGUUAGACAGCUUAGUCUUGGUGCUCCUGGCACUGGACACUUUGUCUUUCAGGAGGGCUCUGGAAUUACUCAGAUAACACCCGGAACACAAGUGCAUCUUCCUUCUAGUACCUCCACACCAGUUCAGACACGUACUUUGUUGCACUCCAAUUCACAGUCUGCUGGCACUGUUCAUCAAUUUGGUUCACAGAAUACUGUUGCAGCAGGAACCGGUAUACAAACCUUGGCAACUUCAAGCCACCUGACAGCCACCAAUAUACCUACGCAAAUAAGCAGUAUUAUACAAGGACAGUUCAUUCAACAGCCACAGGUUAUACAUGGCCAGCAGCUGGGAAGGACCCUCAGCUUUGAUAGGACUUCUGGUGGAAUGAUAGCGGGUGUUGCGGGGACCUCAACCUUUGGUGUAUCAUCACAACAAACUCCAACAAGUCCAUCUCGGGCUUCUGCUCCUCAGGGACUCUCUAGUCUUCCUCUUACUCCAACAAUGAGUAGCACCUUAAAAAAGCAAACUAAAAGGCAUGAAGAGAUCCCACCUGCAAGUGCUGAAGAUGCUCGGUUGAGAAAACAGUGUUUGGAUCAUCACUACAAAAACAUGAUCAUCCUCAAGGAAAAUGUUAGGGAGUAUCUGAUUGAAAUAUUCUUUCUGCAGCAGUGUCAAGGAAACAUGAUGGAUUACCUGGCAUUCAGAAAGAAGCCUCCAUUAUCCCUUCAACACUUUCUAAAACAAAAUGAUUUGGAUCUGGAAGUGGAAGAGGAAGAAGUGCAAAUAAAUUCUAUGGCCAUUGCAAUGCCGGUAAGUUUGUUUACUUUGUUCCAUGAUUAA